GCGUCCCGGGCCGGGUGGGCCGCGCGGGCCGGCGCCCCCAUGGAGAGCCCCGCGGCCACCUUCACGCUGGCCUACCUGGCGCUGGCGGUGUGCUUCGUCGUCCCGCCCACCGAGUUCCACCUGGCCGGGCUGACGGUGCAGAACCUGCUGGGCGGCUGGCUGGGCAGCGAGGACGCGGCCUUCGUGCAGUACCACCUGCGCCGGGGCACCGGCACGCUGCUGGCCCACGCCGCCCUGCCGCUCGGCUAUUACGUUGGCAUGUGUUUUGCAGCGCCAGAGAAGCAGCUCUGCAGCUUUUACGAGGCCCCCGACAUUUGGAAAAGCUUCUUUGUGGUGGCCGUUCUCGUCCUGACGGUUGCAGGGAUAUUCGCCUAUUACCGGGCCCGGAACGGCUGGAAUAACCACCCACUGGUCAAGACGCUCUCCAGCUAUGCUCUCCCCCACUCGGGCUGGAGGGCUGUCGCCUCUUCCAUCAAUACUGAAUUCAGGAGGAUUGACAAGUUUGCGACGGGGGCCCCCGGGGCACGAGUCAUUGUCACCGACACCUGGAUCCUCAAAGUGACCACGUAUUCUUUGCACGUGGCCCAGCAGCGGGACAUCCACCUCACGGUGGUAGACUCCAGGCAGCAUGACCUGUUGCCGGAUUCCAACAUGCCUGCGCAGUUCCUCACCAUCCGUGUGGCCAGCGUGAAUCCCAGCGUGAAGCCUUUUGAUAUCCGGCUGAACUCAUCUGAAUAUGGGGAGUUACAGGAAAAGCUUCACGCCCCGAUCCGCAAUGCUGCAAACGUGGUCAUCCACCAGAGCCUGAGCGACAUGUUCCUGGAAACCUUCACCUCUCUGGUGGAGAGGAAUCAGACCUACGCUGUGCCAAGCAAUCUGGAGCUGGACCUCUGCAUCGGGUGCAUGCAGACUCGGGCCAACGUCAAGCUCCUGAAGAACUGCCAGGAGCCCCGCGAAGGCGAGUGCCAGCCGUGCUUCUGCCACCCGAUGUGGUGCUUGCUAUGCAUGGGCAAGUGGUUCGCCAGCCAGCAGGACCAGCAGCACCCGGAGACCUGGCUUUCCAGCCACGUGCCUUGCCCCACCUGCCGAGCCAAGUUCUGCAUUCUGGACGUCUGCCUGGUGCAGUGAAGGAGUCCCAGGGGAGUUUGAGAGGUGGAGGGGGGGGAGAGGAAAUAAGGAUUUGGCUGCGGGGUCUUUAUUUUGGUUCCUGGGGGCUUCUCUGCAGGAGGAUCCUAUAAGCCCCCCUCCUGUGUUUUGUCCAUGUUUGAACUCCCUUUAAAUGCAGUGUUUCUCAACCUCGGCAACUUUACGCUGUGUGGACUUCAACUCCUAGAAUUCCCCUGGGGAAUUCUGGGAGUUGAAGUCCACACAGCUUAAAGUUGCCGAGGUUGAGAAACACUGCUUUAAUGGCUAUAGUUGGGAAUCUUUCUACCUGCUUGAAACAGCACUUUGUGGAUUCUGUUCAGUUCCACUAACUCUUGAGUAACACUAACUCUUGAGAAUUCUGGUUUUAAGGCUCUAGAAUGCUGGUUCCCGGCAAGUAUUCCUAAAAAUGAAAGUGGCUAGCUUCUCUUGAUAAGCUGGUUUGCUGUUCAAGGGUACCGUUCUGUAUUGCUUCCUAAAUCAGUACUCAAUUUGGUGGGUUUUCUAUGCUCUGCCUUAGUAUGGAAUUCAACUUCCGUUUUGCCAACUUUCUGAUGCUGUAAACAGGAAUUACACUUAUGGAGGCUUUGAAACUUCUUUCCUCAUAAAUAAGAUGCUUGGAUUGGAUUCUCGGCUUGGAUUCAGACUAAGCCUGCAAUCCUGUAGUCAUGGAAUUAAAGAAUGAUCUCACUGGGACUUAUUCCAUAUAGCAGGGUUUCUCAACCUUGGCCACUUGAAGAUGGGUGGACUUCAACUCCCAGAAUUCCCCAGCCAGCAUGGCUGGCUGGGGAAUUCUGGGAGUUGAAGUCCACCCAUCUUCAAGUGGCCAAGGUUGAGAAACCCUGCCAUAUAGAGGUGUAUAGGAUUGUAAUAUAAAUUAUUGCAGUGUUUUAGCAGGAUUUUCUCUGCUCAAGAAUACAGAUUUAAUGACCAGGAACUCAGGUGAUUAAAAAUCACUUUUUUGAGCUUAAAAUACAGUCGUGGGAAAGCGAUUUGGCAUUAGAAGUAUUUCUGUACCAAAAGCAACAGAUUGGGAACAUACCCCAUUGUGUUUCUGGGGUGGGCAAAAAAGAGAACGGAAUCUUUGGCAGGCAUUCUUAUUUUUCUGAUGGUUUCCUAACUCAUGUUCACCAAGGGUGUUAUUGCUUCAGUGAUCCUUUGCAAAGGGAAAUGGAAGAGAAUUGCUUUUAUUAAUAAACACAUGUUAGUCGACAACCGAGCGUUUGUAAGGGACGAGAUGGAUUUAAGCGUCUGCUGAUUUUAAAUUAAACGAACGGUCAUGCUUGUCCCUU